AUGUCUGGCCCUGGUGCAGGCAGACCAAUCCCGUUGCAAUCCAGCGUUUCCGCGGGUAAGGGAAAAGGAAAGACUGGCAAGCCUGCACUACCAAGCCCCAAGGGCAAGGGCAAGCUGCUUCAAUCAAGCUGGACACCACCAGCGCGCCAUGCGACCCCUCAGCAAGGCAAUCAAGGGCAAGGAAGAGAUACUUGGCGUCAGAAGGCAGAAGCCAAUCACUUAGACAACCUGGACAUCGACUGGAUGCCCGAUGGCUUUCAAGCAGGGCGAGUGUCGUUGAUAGACCUGGACAAGUUUGUCAGCCUCGUUAGAUGCCCAACAUCAGGGUUGCCACGAGAUGUCUACGUUCAUCAGUCUGUUGCAGACCCCAGUGCUCUGGCAUUGAAUGACGUGGUAUGCUUCAAGGUUCACAUGAACAGCAAGGGCCUGCCACAGGCCUCCGCGCCGUUCUGGAAAAGAGUGGGUAUUGAAAGCAGCGAGACGUUCGCUCGCUUCGGUGAGUUCCAGGGCUUGGUAGUGAGGUCCGAGACGGGGCCGCUGACUGUGGACUGCCCAGACGUGACGCAGCUGCAUGGACGCGACGCG